AUGGCAUCCCAAGCCCCCUUCGUUGUUCCCGCUUUGACGAGGCACACCGCUACGGUGAUCAUGGCCCACGGCCUUGGUGACAACGGUGCAGGAUGGAUGGCUCUUGCUUCGAACUGGCGCCGUCGUGGCAAGUUCGACGAAGUUUCCUUCAUUUUUCCUAAUGCGCCCAACAUUCCCAUCACAGUGAACUUUGGAAUGAAGAUGCCUGGAUGGUAUGAUAUCUCUAAGCUGGGCGGAGAUCUCAAUAUCGAAGAAUCGGCCCGUAGCCAAGACGAAACUGGUAUCCUCCGCUCCCGUGAAUACUUCAACGGCCUCAUUAAGGAGGAAAUUGAGAAGGGUAUCAAGCCCUCGCGCAUUGUGUUGGGUGGAUUCUCUCAGGGCGGUGCCAUGUCGGUCUUUACUGGAUUGACUAUGGAGAAGAAGAUCGGUGGUAUUUUCGGAUUGUCUUGCUACCUCCUUCUUCACGACCGUAUUAAGAGCUUCAUCCCUGAGGAAUUCCCUAACAAGCAGACUCCUUUCUUCUUGGCUCACGGUCUGGAGGAUGGAGUUGUCAAGUACGAGCUUGGUGAGAUGUCGUCGAAGAUUGUCAAGGAUCUCGGCGUUGAGAAGGUCUCAUUCAACUCUUACCCUGAACUUGGACAUUCCGCCGACCCAGUCGAGAUUGAUGACCUGGAGAAGUACCUUGAGAAGAUCGUUUCUAACGAGGAUGCUACUAGCGCAUGA